GUACGUCACAGAUAUGCGCCAGACGGCGAGGAGCGUGGCGGGGGCGUGACGUCAGCUCUGUGUGCCGUGGCGGCCGUUGCUUUACCGUUGCUGGGAGAGGGCGGAAGGGGCACCCUGUAGGGGGGCUGGGAUCAUGCCUGACUCGGGGGAGUCCCGCGGGCAGCAAAGACCGCCGGGGUCGGGAUGAAAGAAGCAGAGCAGAUGCAAAAUCUGGAGAGCGCGGGGGCCGGGCGGUCAGUGAGCACGCAGACGGGUAGUAUGACCGGCCAAAUGCCGAGGCUUUCUAAAGUCAACCUUUUCACUCUGCUCAGUCUCUGGAUGGAACUCUUCCCAACAGUGGAGAGAAAGCAAAAAGCACAGAGAAAGGAAGAGGAUGAACUUGGACCGUUGGGAGAUAAUGCAGAUGUGGUCAAAGUAUCAAAUGACAAAAAACAGGUGAAGAAAACUGGUCUUGUGGUGGUGAAAAACAUGAAAAUUGUUGGUCUCCAUUGUUCUAGUGAAGAUUUACAUGCUGGGCAAAUUGCUCUUAUUAGACAUGGGUCAAAGAUGAAAAACUGUGAUCUUUAUUUUUCCAGAAAACCAUGUUCAGCUUGUUUGAAAAUGAUUGUAAAUGCUGGAGUGAACCGAAUUUCCUACUGGCCUGCUGAUCCAGAAAUAAGCUUGCUUAAUGAAGCUUCCGAUCCACUGAGUACUGGAGAUGCAAAACUAGAUGCCAAAGCAGUGGAAAGAUUGAAGUCAAACAGUCGGGCCCAUGUGUGUGUCUUGCUUCAACCUUUGGUGUGUUAUAUGGUGCAGUUUGUAGAGGAAACCUCCUACAAAUGUGAUUUUAUUCAAAGAAUUGCAAAAACACAGCCUGGCUUUAACUCUGACUUUUAUUUUGAAUGUAAACAAGAAAGAAUAAAGGAAUAUGAAAUGUUAUUUCUGGUUUCAAAUGAAGAAAUGCAUAAGCAAAUAUUGAUGACUAUAGGCUUGGAGAACCUGUGUGAAAAUCCAUACUUUAGCAAUCUAAGGCAAAACAUGAAAGACCUUAUUCUGCUUUUGGCCACAGUAGCUUCCAGUGUGCCCAGCUUUAAACACUUCGGAUUUUAUUGUAGCAAUCCAGAGCAGAUUAAUGACAUUCACAAUGAAAGCUUACCACAAGAAAUUGCAAGGCACUGCAUGGUACAGGCCAGGUUAUUGGCCUACCGGACCGAGGAUCACAAAACAGGAGUUGGAGCUGUGAUCUGGGCAGAAGGGAAGUCUAAAACCUGUGAUGGAACAGGGGCCAUGUAUUUCAUAGGAUGUGGUUAUAAUGCCUUUCCUGUUGGAUCUGAAUAUGCUGACUUCCCUCACAUGGAUGACAAACAGAAAGACCGAGAGAUAAGAAAGUUCAGAUACAUUGUCCAUGCUGAACAGAAUGCUUUGACAUUUAGGUGUCAAGAAAUAAAGCCAGAAGAAAGAAGUAUGAUUUUUGUGACUAAGUGCCCGUGUGAUGAGUGUGUGCCUUUAAUUAAAGGUGCAGGCAUCAAACAAAUCUAUGCAGGAGAUGUAGAUGUUGGAAAAAAGAAGGCAGACAUCUCUUACAUGAGGUUCGAGGAACUUGAGGGUGUCAGCAAGUUUACAUGGCAGCUGAAUCCAGCAGAAGCUCAUAUUCUGGGACUAAAUGAGUCUGAAACCGUAGAGAAUGGUGUCUUGAGGCCUAAGUUAAUGGAUGAAGAACGUCACCAAAACAAGAAGUUAUGUCUUGGAAACCACUAAAAGAAAAGAAAGUCCAGCCUGAAUCAGAGAGGAGGCCGAGAGGAUUUUUAUUGCACUUUUUAAAUUCAUCCUUGUUGCCUUUGCAAAUAAGGAUGGAAUUUAGGGAAUAAUUGACAAGUAUUUUUAAGGAAGUUAAUUUAUUGCUGGGAUGUGAAUAAUGUUAAUGAGAAUAUUUUCAUUUUAGAUUUCCUUGUGUGUUUUCUAGCAUACAGUAGUUUUUUUUUUAUUACACUAAAUGAGGUAUCAACAAUGAAUAAGACUGUUGGGUGGCUGAUUUCUGUUGAUGUGGAGUUUAGAUCAGCUAGUUAUCCUGGGCCAGAUCCUAGAAGUCAGUAAGCUACCCAUUUGAAGGGUAGGUAUUCUUUCAGACCAUGAGAUUGUUUUGUAGUUAACUGCCAUAAAGAAAUAACUGGCAACCUCAUGACCUGUAAGAGUCGGUGCACUCCCUAAAGGCCAGGUUUGUGGCCAGGGUUUACCAAUCAAUAGUAUCUGCACCAUUUUAAUUGAUUAUUAGAAAGUAAGGUAAUUUCUGAUAGACCAUGAUCUCCAUUUUGAAAGUUAGUUUCUAAAAUGGUCAUUAAUUAUCCCCAAAUCCUUUGAUUAAAUACAAGUCAGAUUGACUUGAAUGAAUUAUCACUGAAUUAUGAUGGCAGCAGGAAGAAAAUAUUAUUCCAUGACAACAUUCUUGUUCAUUGACAUUAUCUCUUAAAUGGACACUCAGUCGAAAAUAUUCCUCAAAUUUGAGGAUAAUUUUAACAAUAAAAUAUUUUAGUGUGGUAAAUUCUAAUGAGCACUUUAGAAUCACUUAUCCUGUUCUUUAUUGUUCCUUAUAAAUGAUAUUGAGAAUCUCAUGGCUUCGAAGUGAAAAAAGAAGGCAUUGAAAAAAAGCAACAUUCGCUGACAUCGAGCUUGAACAAUCUUAACAGCAAACAUUACAUGGAGUUUAAGUUCCAUUUCUGACUGCUCUCCUUCCCUUUUUUUUUUUGCUGAAUAAUUUCUAGAAAAUUCCCUUUUGAGAGAGAGAAUGAUGAGCUUUCGUGUUGGCCCACACGUGAAUAAUGGUGGGAUAAUCUGGGUCCUUUUCUGCAUUUUUCCAGGACUGAGGAAGGAAUGUCCACCGGCUGAUACUGUGAAGGGCUGCCUGCUGCCUUGUGCCAUUGGAGUUGCUCGUCUUGCCUCCAGUUCUGUCUUCUUUCUCUCCAUAGUAGCACAUGACUUUUCUAGGCUUGCCUUUCCACCUGCCCAAUUUUCAGCCAAUCUCUGCUAUUUGCUUGGGGAUAAUAUAUUCAGGCAAAUACAGAGAUGAGGAAGAAAGAGGAGAUAGUGGAGGAAACAAAGCACACAUGUGAAAAAUUACAUUGAUUAUCCAAUCUUAAAAGAGGGGUUUUAAAGAAAACUAAGCUGUUUUCUGAGCAAGAUCCAUACAUACUAAAAUGUUCAAUAUACACAAAAGUAACUUUAGUUUGCUCAAUCUAUAUUUUUCAUAUGCAGCUAUGUGGGACUGGACUUGAGUUAUUUUGUAGUAGUGAGCCUUCUAGCAGAAUAUCAACCAGCCAGCUAGCAUUUAUGGAGUGAAUAUGUAUCUGGAUGCCCAGCUUUGUCCUAGACCUGGCAGGGGCAGAUUUGGUUCAGAUGCAAAAACUUAUGACAAAGUGGCAAAAGUUCUAAGUGAAAUUUCUUUGGAACAUCAAUUAGAAAUGGCUAGUUGCCAUAACACAAUGGAGCACCUAAAUGGUGUUUGCGAUCACCAUUAAGUUUAGCUUACAGUUUAAAGACGUAGUUACAUGCUUAAAAGGUUUCUCUUUUGCUUUCUCUAUCUGGUAGGCUUUCAGGUUCAAUAUUACUUACUUGUAGGUUGUUUUAUCCAGAAAAAAAAUGUUUACCUAGGAAAUAAAUUAUUUGGUAAAUUAAUUUCAUCGAGGCUUUAAGCAGACUUUUAAAAAAGGAACGAGAUAGAAGUAAGCUAAGUUCUAAUUGGUGACAGAAGUUGAAACUGCUGCCUUGUAUACUAGCAGCAGUGGAGAUUUAUUUACCCGACAGACUUUGCUGGAGGUUUUCUUCUUUGCAACACAGUAGGAGAUGAGAAUUUCUCCUUUAUUCUUUAAAUCCCCUGAUUUUCGUAAUGACUAAAAUGAGGACACAUAAUACUGGAGGAAUCUCUUCCUGUUUGCCCCUCUCCAUUCCUCAGCCAAAUGCCAAAGACCCAGGCUCCAUGGUUUUUUCCUACCACAUGGACACUGUUGAAUAAAUUGGAUUAUGUAUGUAAUUUCAUUGUAGCCCUUCUGGAGCUGUUGCCUUGGUCUGGAGGUUUUCUUUCUCAGAUGCUUUUUUUUUUACUGGAGAAUAUAAGAUGUCUGUUACCUUUUCUUGUUUCAUAUUGAGAAAUAGAAUGCCAGCAGAUAGAAUUUAUUCUGUGUUCAGAGUGGCCUAUACACUGUUAAAUGAGCAUGGGUUUUAAGCUAAGAACUGCUCAAAAUUCCAUCUGGGUGUGGCAUCAGAAAUUCAGUCAUUCUUGUCCUAGGAUGGUCGUACUUGAUUUGUAUCAGGUUUAAGUUUGGAUUAUAAAUGCUAGGUAAAUUAGCUCAGACUCACAGACCAAAGGCAUAUAAGGCUAUAGGAAAUAAUCGUGCAUUAAUCAGUCCAGGUCAGUCUUGCAGACAGAGCACAGUAAUUGAUCUCCAGAGCAUCAUCCUCAAAGGGUAUGGGCCUAAAAGAAAUCUGGGUACAAGCAAAUACAUAUUUUAAUCAACACAGAAACUAUAUUCCACAGUUCUAGUAACAGUUCUUUUGGCUACUGACACUCACUCUAACAUAUCCAUUAACUAUAGGAAGGACUGCUAAAGAAUUUUCAGGCAAUGAAUUUUUCAAAACUAGAGUCACUAGUAUUUUAUGCCUGUUAAUGUAGGUCAAGUUGGUGUUGGGGUCACAACUAAAUGCCACCUGUUUUGAAGUCACAUUUCUAACUCAGGAGGUAUGUAGACAUGUUGGUAAGCGCAAUAAUCUGCCUUGCCUCUUAGAGCAAACAUUUUUCUACUAAGAUCACUAACCUUUCCUGCUUUCUCCUAAAUAAAUAGCUCCUGGGCCCUAUGGGCAGGCAUCCUACCCAACUAACCACUAUACACAUGGUAGCUAUUCCUCCUCCAUUAAGCAUAUAACAGGGUGCUUAAAACAUAAAAAUGAGUGUUAUUAAACUUUCAGUACCAGAUAAACUUCAGUUUGCCAGAAGCUCAGAGAGAUUAUAUGUACACAUGGAUCUCCGGCAGAUGUUUGUUUUCUUUUUAAAGUCACUAUGUAAACUUUAAGGGAAUCCAUACUCUUAAUGUCUUGAUGUAAUGUUGAAGUUCUUUGGAAUUGUGGCAUUGUUCCUGUGUACUUUUUCCCGACUGUCCCAUUUAAGCAUCACCAGCAAGUUCAAGUUUAAAGGGGUCUGCUUUAAACUGUGUAACUUGAAUAUCCAGUUUCAUAAAAUUAUUGUCAUCAUGUUCGGUUAAUACUUCUGUGUCAAAUACAUAGUGUCCCCCAAAAUGUAUACAUACUUUGGUUAUUAACAGCUGCUACAUUUUCUGAAAAAGAAAAGCUGUUAGAAUUAAGGGAUGAAAAUAUAAUGUACAUUUUGGCGGGGGGUAUCUUAUUUAGUCCCAAAAAGUAAAGGAGUCAAAAUCACGUAGCAUCUUAAGAUAAUCCCUCUAAUUUUUUUUUAUCAUUUUCAAAUGCCUUUAGAGAAAAAGAAAAUUUUAUGUGAGGAUGAGGUGAAGGGGACCAAGAAAGCUACAUGUGUUCAUGCUUCAACUUUUCAAAAUGGAGGGAAUCACCAACUUUUUUAAUGGGCUAGUUAUAUUAUCAUUUUUGGAAGGGGGCAAAAUUAAUGCUGCCAAACACUUCCUUGAUUUGCACACUUUCAAAACCAAUACCUCACUCUCCAUUCAUAACUUAGUUUUUUAUGAACAUUUUUAUGAAUCAUUUUCAGAUUUUUUUUCUAAAUCAUUUAAUCAACUUUUCAAAUGUCUGUGCAAUGAAAGAGUAUUUUAAAAAUCAAAAAUAAGUAUCUAACUCAUGCGCAGAAAUCUCUGGGGAGAGAGCUGGUGCUGAGUUUCUCAUAAAAAAUUCCUUGUAUCCUUUUUUUCUAAAAUAAUUUUAUUACAAACUUAGGACUCUCAACAACAUAAACUAAGAUCAGAAAGAAUAAAAUGAAAUCUAAACACUUCGGUUGAAAAAUUUAAAAAUACUUCUUACGAAUUUAAACAAAAUAAUACUUUGAUCUGAUCUGAAAUUUCUUUUCCAUAUGUGAACUUAAAAGGUUUGUUGCCCUUGUUUUGUUGUUUUUUUAUUCAGCCAGAGUUCAUAUGAAUGUACUUCUAUUUCUACUUUCCCCACUUUGUAUGUCUUCUUUUUUUAUGCUCUUCAGGCAUGUUUUUUUAUGGGACAAUAGUAUCAUUAAAUAGAGAUAAAUAUAUUCAGCCACACUGCAAUUGCUGAUCACAAAGGUUGUUUCUGGGUUCUUCUGAAAUCCCAUUUAAAGUGAAUUAGCCACAGCCUUCAGGUUGUUCUCAUUCUAUCCCUUGCACACAGUGGACCCUCAAUAAAUGCUUUUUGGUGGUAUUAGAUACAUUAAAGCCCUAUGUUUUAGUUCUUAUGUAAAUUUUAUUUUAAAUGGAGAUUAUUUUCUACCACCAUAAUUAUUUUUUUAAAUCAUUUCUUUAAAAACAAAACAAAACAAACUACCAUGUUUUUGACUAGGCAACCACUGCACCAUAAUGUUUUUGUGCUCCCUGGGGGUGGAUGUUACAGAGAUGCAUGUAGGUCUUCCAUAUGGGAUGGGGAUGAAAUUAUGAACACUUGAUAGGUUGGAAUAAGUUUACACCAGAAUGGCUAAUCCUCAUUCUGACUCUACAAUUGUGGCUUUUUUUAAAAAGGACUUUAAAAUUGGGGUGUUUCCCUGCUGUGUGUGUGUGUGUUAUAUCACCAUUGCCACUAGAAUUAGUUUAAUUCUUUAGCAACAUUCCAAAGUGUUGACAUUGGCUGUUCUCUAGCUUUGGCUGAGAAAUGGCUCGUGUUGAGGUGGCUUUCCUUACGGGUAUUUUUGACCAGAUCAUAAAAUGCUAAGAGACAAAUAGCAAACUUUCCUUUUACAUUGAAUCUCAUCAUGUGUAGGGGAUGGAAUUGUUUUAUCUUUUCUGAAGGUUCAGUCUCGUAUAAUUUUAACUCUCAAGGGAAAUAACAAAUUUCAAUGUUUAUAUAAAAACAAAUGGUCAUAUGAUGUUCAUAUAAGGAAGAAGAAUUUCAGCUUCUAUCUGUAUUUAAAUUGAUAUUCAUCCUUGUCUGUCUUGUGAUAAUGGUGGUUAGUAAAAGGUUGAGAGUUUUAGGCUCCAUUGCAAUUUUCUGCUAAUUGUCAUUUACAAUA